UUUUUCAGAAAAAGAAAAGUUUUAUUCAACCAAAAUACACACUAUUAGCAUUAACUGCUUUCCCCCAAUGAUAAAUUUCUCCAAAUAUAUUUAAAAUUCAGCAUUGUUGAGAAGGAGUUGCCGCCGGAGCCGCUGGAGGGGACCAUGGCCAACUGUGAACGCACCUUCAUUGCCAUCAAGCCUGAUGGGGUCCAGCGCAGCCUCGUGGGAGAAAUCACCAAGAGUUUGGAGCAAAAGGGAUUCCACCUCGUUGCUAUGAAAUUAAUUCAGGCUUCUGAAGACCUUCUCAAGGAGCACUACAUCGACCUGAAGGACCGUCCCUUCUUUACCGGCUUGGUCAAGUACAUGCAGUCAGGGCCCAUGGUUGCCAUGGUCUGGGAGGGCCUGAAUGUGGUGAAGAUAGGCCAAGUGAUGCUUGGGGAGACCAACCCUGCAGAUUCCAAGCCUGGGACCAGCCAUGGGGACUUCUGGAUCCAAGUUGGCAGGAACAUUAUCCACGGCAGCGACUCCAUGGAGAGUGCGGAAAAGGAGAUUGGCUUGUGGUUCCAGCCUGAAGAGCUGGUGGAUUACAAGAGCUGUGCUCAGAGCUGGAUCUACGAGUGAUCAGAGAGCAGACCUCCAUUUUUUCAUUCCAUUCCAUUCCCUCUCCCUCCCCUGAGCAGGGGGCCAGGCUCUAACAAAUUCACUUAAUUUUGAGACCUUCCUUCUAACCUGGAGGGCAUCUCCUGGAGCUGGGUGUGCUCACUGUACAGUAUUAUGUGCUGCUGUCAAAUUAAAAUAUUUCAUCCCCCCCCCAAAAAAAACAAUUCAGCAUUGUUAAAAUUUAUUCAAAUCCUUCGAUUACUGUUCUCUAUUAGAGAGUGCUCUGUUUCUUAGAGUUUAAAAUGAUGACAAAUGAUACAUAAUUUCAACUUCUUUACAAUAAGAUGCUACUGUUAGGUUUUGCCUGAGUUAAAAGUAAUAGAAUACUCUCUUUGCAGACCACCAUACAGUUACCAGAACCUUCUUUUUGGUUGCAAUGAUGGUUUUAACACACUUGGUAACUUCUCCAACAUCCAACCAUCAUCCAGACCACUUUCAUUUUUUGUCAAAGUUUAUGAUAUUCUCUAAAAUAGGCCUCUGCUCUUUCAAAUCUUAAGGUAUGAGCACAUCUCUAAUCAUCUCAGUUUGUGAUCCUCCAUCAGCUGGUGUUACCUACCCAUUUGUCCAACUUUUUCACCUUUCCUAUUGCAGCCAGGUGUCGAGAAAUUGUUGUAGCAGAAACUCCUAAGUCUGCUGCGAGGCUUGCUGUUUUGGGGUUAGCUUCCACCAUGGCUCUCAAUUGAUCUUCAUUUAAAACAGA